AUGAUCAUGUAGAUAGACUUAUAGGAAUACUUUGAAAGUAACCUUCCUUAGUAUGAGAUAUUCGACAAUUCUUUCAAGAGUUAACAUUAAGAUGAGUAAGAAUUGAUUUAAGGAAUAUACUUAGAUCAUCCUAAAGAUGUACAUAAUAAGUAUGAUGAACUAUUUACAGGCAAAUUAAAGGAAGAUUAAGAAGCCUAAGAUUCUGUUGUAUCAAUUGAAUAUCAUUUGAUCAACUUGCCUAUAACAUUAGGGUCUAAUCAAUAAGCUCUAAUGAAGGUGCUAAGUGAUUCAGACAGACCAGAUUAUUUUGAAAAUAGCGUCAUUCAAAGUAUCAUCAAAUUUAAAUGGAACUAAUACACAAAGUCAUUUUAUUAAAACAGGUUCUAUAUAUACUUGAUUUUUAUGGCUUCUUUUAUUUUCGAUAUAUUCUAUUCAACUUAUGCGACAUAGAAUGACUAGAAUUCAUAAGAUUAAAAGGAAGUAGACUAGGAAAGUUAAAUUCUACAUCCAAAUAUAUGGCUCAAGAUAUCAACAAAAGUAUUAUGCAGUAUUAUACUUAGUUACUUAUAAGAUGGAUGGAAUAUCUUUGAUUUUUCUCAUAUUAUUGCUUACACUGCAUAUUUCAUACUAGAAUUCACUAAUGAGGAUCAAGAUAACCUGAUCUUGAUUAAAAUUCUUGUCAUCGUAUUAUCUUUCAUGAAGUUAUUCUUCUUUUUAAGAAUUUAUGAUGGCUUCAGUUUCCUAGUAUAAAUGAUGGGCGGUGUAUUUAAGGACCUCAAAUAUUUUAUGAUAUUCUUUCUCAUUUUCAUCCUGCAGUUUGGUAUGAUUUUCUUGGUCUUGUUCAAGGCUUAACAAAUUGAUGAAUACAAUGGUGUGAAUAAAUUAGCUUAUUUUUUAAUGGCCUUUAGAAUUUCAUCUGGUGAUUUCUAGCUAGAUGAUUACCACAGCUAAGCAGAUGGACUGGUAAUCUUUACUUGGGUAAUUUGGUUAUUAGCAGUUAUGACUCUGAAUAUAGUUUUCAUGAACUUUAUUAUUGCUGUGAUAUCAGAAUCGUAUGAAAGAGUAAUGUAAAAAUUAGUUGCUGAGUCCUACAGAGUUAAAGCUAAUAUGAUUGUUGAGAGGGAGUAGCUGUUUAAUGACAUAGAAUUGAAAAAUACUGAAUACUUCCCUAAUUAUAUUGCUGUUCGAAGACCAUUAAACACUUCGAUUGAUGAGGCUGGGGAAUGGUAAGGAUUCAUUAAAGAUCUAAAAUACACCAUCAGAACAACAGCUGCAAAACAAAAAACAGAGAUUAUUCAAAAUCUGCACUCUCUUUAAACUUCUGUUGAGACUUAAAAUCUUGAAAAUAAACUGAAGCUUGAUAUGGUUAUUGAACAGAAUUCUAAGCAACUUACUUCAAAUGAAUAUCUUGAUGAAAAAAUUUCUAACUUGAUGAAAAAGUAGCUUGAUCAAGCUUUUGAGAACACGAGUAAUGAUUCUAAGUUAAUGAACGCCAAAGUAAAUGGACUUGAUAGCAAAGUGGAUGGACUUGAUUCAUAGGUUAAAGGACUUGACACCAAAGUCCUUGCCAUUUAAGAUGACAUGGAGUUCAUUAAGACCUCCUUAACUUAACUACUUAAAAAGUAUUGA